AGAUUUACUUCUAUCUAAAACUUUUUUUUUUCAAAAAGCAUUCAUUGCCAAUCGUCCGACAAGAACCCGCAAAAGACCCUUUCCUCCAAAACCACAUCAUAAACUAAGUCAACUGAAAGAAAAUGUAAGCACAAAAAAAUAUAAACACCAUAGGAUUAAUAUAUAAAUAAACCAGCACCACAAAACAAACUAUAAAAAAAGCAGAAUUAUAUUUUUUUUUACCGAACAACGAACGCGUCUUUGUUUACACAACAAACCCUCGCGAACCAAACGUCACAACACAGGAGCAGAUAAUCCACCAGCUAAGAAGUGCUACCUAAUUAACCAUACGAAGAUCCUCCUAAUAAGUCAAAACAGAUAAUGCAGAAGUCAUACGAUAAAUUACGAGAACAGAAAGACUGUCGAGGGAAAGUACAAUUAAAUGUCUGAAGGCCAUUGAAAGAAGACUGAAAGAAGAGGGUACCAAGCACCUGAGAGCAUCUACUGGAACAAAAAGAGAGCAGAGAUCGGCAGCUGUGACACCCCGGCUGUGGUCAGACCUGGGAUUCCGUCAGAUGUCUGGAGUGCAGGAUGCAUAGUUGCAGAGGCUAUUGUUGGCUGCCAGUUGUUCCCUAGUUUUUGUGAGACCAAUGUUAAUAAGGCCGUGAAAGCAGCUCUUUCCAGCAGUGCGGCCAACUAUUCACCGCAGUUUUUGGAUGGGGCAUAUGACUUUAUAACCAGAUGUUUACAAAUCUCACCAGGGGACCGUGCCAGUCCGCGAGAGCUCUUGAGUAGCCCCUGGCUAGCCCAGGCCUACCGUCCUACGUUCCAUGACUUGUCACUACUUCGGACCACUGUGUUGCGUGUUCUCAAUGUGGCAGAUGCCCACCAGCUUGAGGGCAUUCCUGAAGGUAAAGUUGUGGAGAAUUAUUUUUUGCAGCUUUGCAAGAAGCAUGGGGAUGUCAUUGACUACCACCUGGAAGUGGCACUCGGGGCUUUCUUUGUGCAGUACCAUCAGGCUUCGGAUGCAGAGGAAGCAUACUAUAUCCUCUCCAAGACAAUCUUCAAUGACAGAACACUAAUUGUAACAUUUUUUGACCUCGACUUGUGGCAACAAAGAGAGUUAUAUUGAGCUCUUAAUGGUCUCAAAGUGUACAUAUUUUCCAUAUGUUGAUGUAAAAAGUGCAAGUCAUGUUUUGUGUAUGAGCAUUCAGAUAAGGCCAUAUAGUAGUAAUCUCACCCAUGUAUAGUAUUUAGUCCACUGCAGUUUCCUUGAUGGUAGAGUUAGUAGUAGUUGUUUCAGAAAAUAUAAUUUGUUCCCUCCACCCCACUCCAAAAACAAAAAAGAAAUGUGUAGAAGAGAGAUAGUAGGUAAUAUUUCAGUAAAUGAGUAGGCAGACAUAUAGGAUAUGAAAUGAUAUCUCUUCCAUUAGAUGUGCUAAUUUAAGAAAUUGAAAUGGGACUGGAGUUCAUCUUGUUUCCAAAGAGAAUUGUGCUGUGAAAGUAAUUUAUCUUCCCUCUCAUAACGUGCAUUUACUGUAUGAAGUCGAGUGAUUUUAUUUUGUUGCAAAAAAGAAAAAAAUCAAUGAAAGUUUUCUAAAGUAUCAUUUUUAGGCAUUCAUAAAUGUUCAUUAUUUAUCAUAUUAGGACCUGUGUGUAGUACUGAUGUUUUUAACCCAAUGUACGUGGGCUU